UUUCUCCCCCAUAUCGCCGUCCUCUUCCUCGUCUGAGCUCUGUGCAGCGUGUGUAUCCUUACGCCUGCUCCGCUGCGUCCUCUCCUCUCCUCUCCUCUCCACACCAUCGUCUCCGAAAAUCCGGAUGGGGGAUGGGAGCAAAGGGUACAAAGACGGGCGUAAGCACAACCUCCAACACCACACCAGCACCAGCACCAGUGUGGCCACUAAAAAGAUCUAGAGCACAGACAGCAAUCGAGCAUGGCCAAACAGGUCUCCUUGAUUGCUCCUGUUGCUGUCUCUGGUGCUGCUGCUGCUGCUAGGUACUGCUGUUUGGCUACGGUACACGAGGAAGAGGACCAGGGGGAGCUUGGAAUGAUGACAUGGAGGAGCUUCUUGGGAGGUGACGAUGGGGAAGAACAUUACAGAACCGGGACAAGAAGCAGUAGCAAACACAAGAAUACACCAAGCAGCAUUGCAUCGUAUAUACACCAAUGCAAUGCCACCAUGGCAGUUGAAUCAUAAAUGACAAAAUUACGGAA